GGAGACCUUCCCACCACCAUGACUGACAUGUACUCACACUUCCUGAUGGUCCAGACAAAGAGGAAGAAGAACAAAUACCAGCAGGAACAUGAAGAGAAUCCACAGGAGCUGUCAGAGGCUGACAUGGAAGUUCUCCUGAAGCUGGGGAGGCUGGCCUUUGAACAUCUGGAGAAAGGAAACAUCAUGUUCUACCAAGAAGACCUGGAGCAGUGUGGUCUGGAUGUCACAGAGGCUUCUUUGUACUCUGGAGUUUGUACUGAGAUCUUCAGAAGAGAGUGUGAGAUCUUCCACAAACCAGUUUACUGCUUUGUUCAUCUGAGUGUUCAGGAGUUUCUGGCUGCAGUUUACAUGAUGCACUGUUACAACAACAAGAAGACAGAGGUGGUGGAGAAAUUUUUGGAAAAAGAAAUUACCACCUGUCCUUUGGAUUAUCUUCUUAAUGAAAUUUAUAUGAAGUCUCUUCUGAGUGAAACUGGUCAACUGGAUUUGUGUCUUCGCUUCCUCCACGGUCUCACCAUAGACUCCCAUCAAAAAAUCUUAGGAAAACUACUGGGUCACAUGGAGAAUAGUCCUGAAACAGUCCAGACUAUCAUCAACAAUCUUAAACAAGAAAAAGCCUGCAAAGUAUCUCCUGACAGAAGCAUCAACCUCUUCCACUGUCUGAUGGAGAUGAAGGACUUCUCAGUUCAUCAGGAGAUCCAAGAGUUCCUGAAGUCAGAGGACAGAUCAGAGAAGGAACUUUCAGAGAUCCACUGCUCAGCUCUGGCCUACAUGCUGCAGAUGUCAGAGGAGGUUCUGGAUGAGUUGGACCUGAACAACUUCAACACAACACCUUUGGGUCGGAUGAGACUGAUCCCAGCAGUGAGAAAGUGCAGAAAGUUUCGGUUUAACUCAAGAUCACUCGCAGGAAAAUCAAAACAAUGCUCAUGCCCUAAUUUUCCUGAACCAUCUGACCUUUAUUGGAAUAUCGUGGCCUCAGCUCUGAACUCCAACCCCUCCCAUCUGACAGAGCUGGAUCUGAGUGGGAGCAACCUGCAUACUUUAGCGAUGAAGUUCCUGUGUGAAGGACUGGGGAGUCCAAACUGCAAACUGGAAAUACUGAGAUUGAAGAACUGCUGUCUGUCAAAGGAACUCUGUGAUGUUCUGGCUUUAGCUCUGAAGUCCAACCCGUCCCACCUGACAGAACUGGACCUGAGUGAGAACAAUCUACAGGAGUCAGACGUUCAGGAGCUCCUUGCUCUGUUACAGAGUCCAGAGAGCAAACUGGAGACUCUGAGGUGGCUCUGAUGGUCCAUCAGUUGAAGCAGCAGUUUGUCUGCAGAUGUUCUGGGCCAUGCUACUGAAGGAGGAGAGGGGAGUGGUGGAGGAGUGAGAUUAUAUUACUUUACAGCUUUACUGUGAACUCUGACAUCAGCUCCAUUCUUUUUAAUGUAGUU